UUUUAUUGAUAUUUGCGCAACACACAAGAAACACCAUGGAUGCCACUCACUCAAUGUUUUGUAACGAUGAUCUGAUUAACCCUUUAAGCUCAAUGGGCAUGCAAGUGUCUUGCAUUCUUGUUGUAUCACAUUUCUUCAACGUUGUCCUUAGGACCGUGGGCCAACCUGGACCCAUAGCACAAAUCCUGGCUGGGUUGGUAUUAGGACCAAUGUCUCAUAUUCCGUAUAUAAAAAAAACAUUCUUUCCGGCCAGUUCCAUAAAUUACUAUGAAGUUGUGUCUUUCUUCUGUCGCAUAAACUUCAUGUUUUUAUUUGGCUUGGAGAUGAAUAUUCACUACAUAAUGCACCAUCUUCGUAUGGUCACUUUGGUAGCAUGUGGAGGUGCACUAACUGGUGGUAUUUUUGGCCUAUCAGUUUCCUUUUAUUUGUAUCAAGAAUUAGAUACCAAUAGUACUUCCAUGUAUUAUUUUUCCAUAAUCAUUAUGUUAGUUGUAUCAUACACAAGCUCCCCCAUGGUUAUUCGUUUGUCCUCAGAAUUAAGGUUUGCGGCGUCGAACGUUGGCCGAAUCGCGGUGUCUUCGGCGUUGAUUACCGAAAUGGGAUGUGUGUUGUUGUUUAACGUGGCGGUUAGUUGGACAAAAGAAAACCACAUUUCAUAUGGUUUUUAUUGUACCAUUGUUACUAUUCUUGUUGUUUUAAUAAACAAGAAUUUAGCCGUUUGGUUAAAUGGAAGAAAUAGAAACCAAAAGUACCUAAAAGCCCCUGAGUUACUGUUCAUACUAUUUUUGCUUCUAACUAGCUCAAUGAUUAUUGAAAUUAUGGGUUACAAUAGCAUUAUUAGUUGUUUUAUCAUUGGUUUGUUGUUUCCUAAGGAAGGUAAAACAGCUAGAACAUUGUUACAUAAACUUGGUUAUUCAAUAUAUAACUUUGUACUUCCGGUAUAUUUUGGGUAUUUGGGUUUACAAUGUGACCUCAUAAAUGUCUUUAAGAGCUUGGAUCGAACAACGAAUUUAGCUAUAUUGAUUUUGUUGAGCAUUGGAAGCAAACUUGGUGGCACUCUCAUAAUUUGUCGUUACCUUCAUAUUCCAACUAGUGAAGGAAUUUUUAUUGGUUUCAUAUUGAACACUAGAGGUUAUGCUGAUUUGCUAUUCAUUGGUGCAGCAGCAAAGCAUGUAAUUGUGAAAGCUUACAAUGUGUUACUAGUAUCAAUUGUAUUGAACACAAUAAUAUCAGGAAUAAUUGUGGCUUUUCUAGCAAGAGGGGAAGAGAAAAUGUUUUCAACCAACCAUACUGCAAUUGAACCACAAAAGAUGGAGGAAGACGAGCUUCGAACUUUGGCUUGUGUGUACGAUCCUCGUCAAGUAUCUGCAAUAUUUUCCACAAUAUUAGCAAUACAUGGUUCUAGAACUUCAUUUUCCACCACUUAUUUAAUGCACUUAGUAGAGCUUGUGAAGAGGAUCAAGACCAACUUAUUAUACCAUGAAAAAGAAGACGCCGAUCUUAGCGACGACGACGACUAUGGUAGCAAUGAUGUGGUGGACAUUAAUAAUGCCUUAGAUGCCUUCACUGCAGACACAAAAAUUUUAGUCCACCAAAAAAGAGCAGUUUCUUCUUUUAAAAGUUUGUAUGAAGAUGUUUGUAAUGAAGCAGAAGAUCUUCAAGUAUCGAUUAUUUUACUUCCGUUUCACAAGCAUCAACGCAUCGAUGGAAAACUAGAAAGUGGAAAAGAAGGUAUAAGGACUACGAAUCAGAAGAUUCUUAGACAUGCUCCUUGUUCUGUAGGUGUUAUUAUAGAAAGAGGACUUACUAAGGCCUCUGGUUUCUCAGAACUAACUGCAUCAGAGGAUAUGCAAAAUGUUGCAACACUUUUCUUUGGAGGUCCGGAUGAUCGUGAAGCUAUUGCUUGGAGUGUACGCAUCUCCGAAUGCCCUCGCAUUAACUUGACAAUCAUUAGAUUUUUAUUGGCUCCUUCUUCUUCGCCGCAGGAAAAUGAACAGAUUGAAAGAGUAGUACAAUUUGAGGAAAAAGAAAUUUUAAUGUCGUUGUCGGCGGAAGAGACUGUGAAUGAGAUUGAUAAUACAUUCAUGGUUGAUUUCUAUAACCGGUAUGUGACUUCAGGUCAAAUUGGAUAUGUGGAAAAUUUUGUGAAGGAUGGAACACAAACAGUUGAAUCUUUGAAAGAGAUUGGGGAUAUGUACUCAUUGUUUAUAGUAGGAAAGGGUGGUAGAGGAAUUAAUUGUAGUUCAUUAACAAUAGGUAUGAGUGAUUGGGAAGAGUGUCCAGAACUUGGAACAGUUGGUGAUGUUUUAGCUUCUUCAGAAUUUGAUAUUCAUGGAUCAGUUUUGGUCAUUCAACAACAUCGAGAUGUUAAAAAAGGUCUAACACAUGAUUAGUUAGUCAUGUACAUUAUUAACAUUAGAAUUUUUUUUAUGUACUUAGUGUUAUUUGAACAUAGGGUGU